AUGACAAAACAAGCUGUCAGGAUGAGAAAUCUAUCAGAAAGAGUUUUAACAGAGGUGGAUAUUGGAGCAAAUGUGUUGGUUGCAAUUCCCCAUGUUGAUCGAGGGAAAGGAGACCCACGUAACCUUAUGGCUGUUGUUACCGGAAAGGAAGAGCAUGGUUAUAAACUUGGAAUUAAAGAUAGAAUAUUACGUGGACUUUACACCAGGAAUCAGUUUGAACUAUCUGACAGUAAUUUUAUAUCUAUUCAUUGUGUAAAUUAUGAUAAUGAAAUAUCCUUUAGAAAAGCUGUCAGUAAAGUUUCUUUGUGUGAUGGUCAGGGUUACACAAAAUGUGGCUGCAGUGCUAGUGGUAAGACUAGAUGUAACACUAAACGUUGCCUUUGCAAAAAUUCAGGACAAAUGUGUAACAGUCGCUGUCAUCCAAACAUUACAUGCAGCAACAAAUACUUGUCAUCUUCAGUGUUUAUGUAA